AAAAAUUGCAUGUCCAGAGAAACAGUGUAAUUAAAAGUAUUGUUCAUGAAAGGGGCACUAAGGACAGGAAAAAAUAAAAGUUAUGACUAAGGGUUUUGUGACAAUAUAAAUACACUUCAGCCAUCGUGUCAGAUUGCAUUGCUUUUUUUCACCAGCUUUGGUUUAUUCAACAGUCUGAGAUCAUUCAACAGUCUGAGAUCAUGAAGAAAAUGUUCCUGAUUUUGCUGUUUCCUUGUUUUUUCACAUUUUCCUUUGGUGGUGAUGGUCUUCAUCAAAAAUCAGUUAUCUUUCCUGAACCGACUGACUAUAGUUAUGUGGUUUUGAAUCCAAGCAAGCCUCUCCACCUUACAGCCUUCACCCUGUGCAUGCGAGUUGCUACGGAAAAGACAGAUGAGACCAUCAUCUUUGCUUAUUGCAGAGCCGACCAAGAUGAGUUGAAUGUAUGGCGAGAAAAGAACGGCACAUAUUCAGUGUAUUUCAGAAGUAGUAGUGAUGGGGUACACUUUACUAUCCCCCCACUCAACACAUUUUUCACUCACUUAUGUGUGACAUGGGAAUCUAAAUCUGGGCUGACUGCUUUCUGGGUAAAUGGAAAAAAAUCUGUAAGAAAAGUUUACAAAAGGGGACACACAAUCCUGUCUAAUGGAGUUGUUUUAAUAGGUCAGGACCAAGACAAAUGUUUGAGUGGUUUUGACAUAAACCAGAGCUUUGUUGGAGAGAUAUCAGAUUUAAACAUGUGGGAUUACGUUCUAACUUCAAAUGAUAUUGCCGCUCUUAGUGAAGGUUAUGAGGUUGCUAAAGGAAACAUUUUUCGCUGGAGUGACAUAUCGUAUGAAAUUAAAGGGAAUGUUAUUGUACAGCCGAAAAAUGAUUAUUCUGCAGUAUGAAAAAUAUGUUUCCAGAUGUUUCUGCAGUUUCUGACAAAUGUCAAACCAGUCUCAGUUUUGUGAUAACUCACUGUAAUAAUUUCACUGUAUUUACACUUGUUUUGGUACAUUUGGAGCUUUUCUCCCA